AUGCGCUCUAUCUUCGCCACUUUUGCUGUCGUCGCACUUGCUGCCUCAUCCUUUGCCUUGCCGUCCGCAGACACCGCCUACAUCGCCGAGCUUGAUAAGCGCGUCAGCCCCACCAACGAGGUCUCCGUCAAGAGCAAGACGAACUUUUGCUUGAUCGUGCCCAAGAACAAGCACACGAAUGUCGGCGACAGCGAACAUCCCGGCGGUAUGACCACCUGGUGUACUAGCUCCGCGAAGACUUCUUCCAAGCAGGGCACCAUCCCGUCCGACUUUUUCAAAUCCGGCAAGGUGUCGUAUAAGUCCGGCAAGGGCAAGAACGGGAAGAAGUACGCCCAGCUCACGGGCUGCAUCAACCCCAGCAAGAUCGACCGUCUCAACCCGAAGGACGCCGGCGGACAGUAUGACAGCUCUGGUGGCGCCGGCGGGAAGGGUAACCCUCAGGGCAGUGUUUGCACUGGGUACAAGCACUACGUCGAGCUCAUCGAACCCGCCGGGCCUCGUGCUUGCAUUCGCUGCUGCGACGACCCCGCCGAUUGUCCGACCAACAAGGACACCCAGGGUUGCCCCAGUGUGAUCCCGGGGAACUAUUAUAACUGCGCAUGA